AUGUUCCCCUACCAAGAACUUAUUAACCAUUCCGUCACUAUCACCUACCACAAUCUCCAAAUAUCCGGCAUUCUUAUUUCCAUUGACUCCUAUCUUAAUACUGUCAUUAAAACACCCACCCAAACUAUUUUCAUCCGAGGCGACAAAAUCACAGCCAUUACUGAACUCCCCAAUCCUAAAUAA